UCCCAAGGCCUCCCAAGGCCUCCACCAUGGCACUACCAAGGCCUGACAUGGAGGCCUUCGGCUGCUCCACCCUCCUCCCUCUCCUCUUCCUCCUCCUUUCCCCUCCUCUUCUCGCCCUCUCUGAUGCCCAAGCUGCUUCCAUUGCCCGUCGCCAGCUUCUCACCUUUCAUGGGAAUUCUUUUGACUUCCUCAACGACUUCGAGUUUGACAUCUCCAUCAAUGUCGAUAUUCGCAACCCACGAUUAAAGUUAGCCUACAAUGCUCUGCAGGCUUGGAAGAAAGCUAUUUUCUCCGACCCCACCAACUUCACCUCUAAUUGGGUUGGCCAUGACGUUUGCGCCUAUAAUGGCAUUUUUUGCGCCCCUUCCCUGGAUGAUCCUUCCAUCCAAGUUGUUGCCGGUGUCGACUUCAAUGGUGCCGACCUUGCCGGAUUCAUUCCCAUCGAGAUCGGUCUCCUCAACGACACCGCUUUCCUUCACGUCAACUCCAACCGAUUUUGCGGUGUCCUUCCCUCUAGCCUUUCGAGUCUCACCCUCCUCCAUGAGCUCGACGUAAGCAACAAUCGGCUCGUCGGCCCGUUCCCUUCCGUGGUCCUCGACCUGUCUGCUCUCAAAUACCUCGACCUCCGAUUCAACAACUUUGAGGGGCCGCUGCCACCCAAGCUCUUUGACAAGGACCUCGAUGCCUUGUUCUUGAACGACAACCGGUUUGCUUCUAAUAUACCAGAAAACUUGGGCAAUUCUACCGUCUCAGUUUUAGUUUUGGCUAACAACAAGUUUGAAGGUUCCAUUCCCAAGACCAUUGGAAGGAUGAAGUCCACCUUGAAUGAGAUCAUCCUAUCCAACAAUGGUUUUACAGGUUGCCUUCCGGAUGAAAUCGGAUCAUUGAGUGAACUCACAGUACUUGAUGCUAGCUUCAACUCUUUCUCAGGAGUCCUACCGGAGACCCUUGCAAGUUUAAGGAAGCUUGAGUCACUGAAUAUUGCACAUAAUAUGCUAACCGGCAUCGUGCCGGGUAGCGUAUGUGGAAUAAAGAGCCUUGGCAACUUCAAAUUAUCGGACAACUACUUCAAAGGGGCAGCCUCGGAGUGCACAUCGAGAUCAGACUUGGUAUUUGACGACAAGGGCAAUUGUUUUCUGGAGAGGGGGCAACAGAAAUCAAGAAAGGCUUGUGCUCCGGUGCAAGACCAACCAAUCAUAUGUCAUCAUGCAGAUGGGACCAAGUGUGAUAUCGACAUGACACCUCCUCCAGUUUACUCUCCACCACCUCCACGACUCUACUCACGGCCAACUCCAUUGCCAUCACCCAUCUUCUCUCCCCCUCCUCCUGUCCAUUCACCUCCCCCACCUAAUGCAGUUGUCUCUCCACCAGAUCCAUAUAACAUCUUGCCACCAGUUAGAGGGUUCAAUUAUGCAUCGCCUCCUCCACCCCAGUAUCCAGGUUACAACUGAGUUGCACUUUGCUCGAAAAUUUUAGGUGGUGAGGAAUCCACCUCCGUUCAUGCACACCAAGAGCUUCCAUACGCUGCUUCAGGAAACCCCAGAGAGAGAGAGUGUGUGUUUGUGUGCGCGCCAUUAGUGACAACAUGUACUUCCAAGACAUAUCAUUUUUCUUUUGGCAGUGCUUUUCGUUUCCAUAUGCCUUUUUCCUUGGCUUACAACUUGCACGUGUGAAUGAGAUCUUCAAAUAUGGAACAAUGCUUUUUGU